AUGUGGGCUCGCACUUUCCGUGCGACUGUGUUCGCUUCCAGGGUCCAGGCUGCUUCUACCUUUCUGCCGAAAACAAGACCUUGCCUCCCAUCCGGAAAGCUAAAUUUUCUUGGCAUUACCCAUCCUUCUCAUCCGAAUUCUCAAUGGCGGUUGUUUCAGCACCAGGCCGGUCCCCACACUACCAAAAGCGCAACUCCAAAUCCUGUGCCGAGCCCCAGCAACCAAGUGACCGUAGCUCAGCAGCGAAAAAAUGAUUGGAAUAUAGUCAAGCGGCUGAUGGAAAACGUGUGGCCAAAGAAUGACUGGAAGACGCGGGCCACGGUCGUUCUGGGCUUUGGACUUCUAAUCUCAGGGAAGGCGCGUGGAUGUUCCUACCUGCAUCUACUUAACGUGCAAGUCCCUCUGAUAUUCAAGAGCGUUGUAGAUACCUUGAAUGUGGACAUCACUGCCUCAGCGGCAGUCUGGGCAGUAGCAGGUUUCCUAAUUCUUGGAUAUGGCGCCGCACGAAUAGGAGCUACAGUUUUUGGGGAGUUAUUGAAUGCCGUCUUUGCCAAUAUCGGUCAGCGAGCCAUUCGGAAGGUGGCUCGCGAAACGUUUGAACAGCUCUUGAACAUGAAUCUUCAGUUUCACCUAUCUCGUCAAACCGGUGGCCUAACAAGAGCUAUAGACCGUGGUACAAAAGGGAUUGCAUUUAUUUUGCAAGCAGUCCUCUUCCGGAUUAUUCCUACAGCGCUGGAAAUAUCUCUCGUGUGUGGUAUUUUGACUUACAAGUUCAGCUGGGAUUUUGCGGCUAUCACAUUAGCAACUUUAGCCGCGUACACAUGGUUCACCGUUCGAACAACCUCUUGGCGGACGCGCUUCCGGCGGGAGGCCAAUAAAGCUGACAAUGCUGCCGCCACAACUGCUGUCGAUUCUUUGAUUAAUUUCGAGGCUGUCAAGCAUUUUAACAACGAGAAAUACGAAAUCGCCCAGUACGAUCGUCAUUUGAAAGACUACGAGAAGUUCUCGACUAGGAUCACCACCUCGUUAGCUUUCUUGAAUUCUGGGCAGAAUGCCAUAUUCUCCAGCGCUCUUACCAUGACUAUGUUUAUGGCUGCUCAAGGAGUUAUAAAUGGGACAAUGACAGUUGGAGAUCUGGUGAUGGUCAACCAACUGAUCUUCCAACUGUCUUUCCCAUUAAAUUUCUUGGGGACAAUCUAUCGUGAGAUGCGCCAAAACCUUUUGGACAUGGAAGUCCUUUUCAAGCUUCGUGAGCAAAACCCACCACUUGAGGAUGUACCUGGUGCCCUACCCCUGGACUUUCGCGGAGGCGCUAUCCGCUUUGAGAAUGUGAACUUUGGUUACCAUCCUGAUCGGCCUAUAUUCCGGAAUCUGUCUUUCACUGUCCCCGCAGGCAAGAAAGUCGCGAUAGUAGGACCUUCAGGCUGUGGAAAAUCAACUAUCUUCCGCCUUCUUUUCCGUUUCUAUGAUACGGAGUCAGGUCGCAUCUUUAUCGAUGACCAAAACAUCCGCAAUAUUCAGAUGGAAAGUCUGCGACAAAGUAUUGGUGUCGUUCCUCAAGAUACGCCUUUGUUCCACGCGGACAUCAUGCACAAUGUAAGAUAUGGACGAUUGAGUGCCAGCGAUGACGAGGUGAUAGAAGCUACAAAAAGAGCCAAUGUUUACGACACAAUUAUGCGACUGCCGGAAACUUUGAAGACCAAGGUCGGGGAACGCGGGCUGAUGAUCAGUGGUGGAGAGAAGCAGCGACUGGCCGUUGCUCGUGUUUUGCUAAAAGAUCCGCAGAUUCUCUUCUUCGAUGAAGCGACUUCUGCCUUGGAUGCGCAUACAGAACACGAAUUAAUGAAGAGCAUCAAUGACACGCUGCUGACGAAGACACGAACUAGUAUCUUCAUUGCACAUCGGUUGCGUACCGUCGUUGAAGCGGACUUGAUUAUUGUUCUUAAGGAUGGAAAAGUCGCCGAGCAAGGUACCCAUGAGGAGCUCCUACGCAAACAUGAGUUGUACUACAGUAUGUGGAUGCAGCAAGCGGCUGCUUUAGACUUGAAAAAGGACUAA